AUGGAAACGGCCGCGGGUCGACGGGACGGGACGGCCGUCCGGCGGAAAGCCAGCGUGUACCUGAAACAGAUCAUCGGCGCCGGCGCGUUCGGCCGGGUCUGGUACUGCGUGACCGUCGGCCUCCGCCGCCGGGAAACCGUCGACUUGGCCUUGAAAAUCGUCAACAAGCAACCGCGGCCGGGCCUGAGCAACGCGUCGGUAAUCGACCGCGAGAUCGCCGUUUUGAAAACGGUCCGCCAUCCGAACGUCGUCCUGUUGAUCAGAUCCGUCAGCAGCAGCAGCCACGUGUACAUGUUUCUGGAAUACUGCAAGUAUUACGCCGCCGCACGUUGACGAUGGGCCGCGAUGCGCGACGGUCGAACGUGAACGAACCGGACCCGACCCGACCCGGGACAGACCCUGACCGCCGCACCCGACCGCGGGGCGCCGCGCGCACUCCGCCCGUGCGUUUUCCGCCCGACGCCCGUGUCGCGCCGCGUCCGCCCGUCGUCGGCACCGCAGUCUCCGGCCCGCCGAAAUCGCGUCGGGCGGACCGUCCGGCUGUACGGUUAUGAGCCGACGCGCGCCGAUCGUUUUGACGAAUACGCGAUCGCCGACUCGUCAUCACAAACGAGCACGUGUACGUCACACACCGUAUGCACGUUUUGUCCGAUUGUCCGAUUGUUCCGUUUCGAUUCUCGAACAAGCGAUAGGGUUCAUAAAUAUUUUCGGGUUUUUUUUUUUUUUUUUAAUGAACUUUUGACUUUUUGGGAAACGCCGUUUUUAUUUGUCCGGUACGCCGGUCUCUCGAUGUCUUAACUACACCCGUCGUUCGCCGUGUGUUCAAAAACCAGAAUAAUACGACAAUCGCAUAGAAUUUUCACACGGUUUUAAAUGUUGAACGAACAGUGCGCCUCGCGCAGCCUUAGCGGGUAAAGAUCACGCUAACGGGCGGAGAUCGGACGAAAAAAGCGUUGAGCGGAAAACGCGCGGGCCGAAAGCGCGCGCCGCCCCGUACGGAGUGUCUCACGAUAUCUCCCGAGAUAACAAAAAGAUAAUCAACUUUUGUCGAUUUUUUUUUUCCUAUUGCUCUGCGGCGGGUGUGGACCACAAAUAUUCGUAUUCAAAUUGAAUUUUUAUGUUUUAGCAAAAAAAAAAAAAAAAAAAAAAUGUAAAAAUUUAUUUUAAAAUGAAUAAAACUGAUAUAUCUUCAAAUUUGCCGCCAACAAUAAAAUAAAACUUAUUUUUGACAUUUGUUUUUUGCCAAAAUAUAAUGAUUUGUUUUAAAUGCGGCGGUACGGUGAUUGAGCGUUUCUAACGUAAGUUUUUCGCUCUGGUCGCCUCCCGAUUCAAUAUACCCCAUCCUCCUCACUAAAAUAGUAUUUUAACUCCCUGCCUCAUGCACGCCGCUACCGCUGACCCGUCUUCCGUGUAAAUUUACAAAUUGUACUUCUUGUCGAUUCACUUGUCUUUUGGACUUGCCCGUCUAAAUAAAAUAAAUUACAAAUAUUUGUGGUCCUUAUCCCCGUGAGUAAUGUACAUGAAAAACGAAUAAACCAGAAAUGCCCGUUAUAACGGGCGUAUCUCCGCGGGACACUCUGUAGUUGCCCGGGUGCAGUGAAACGACCAAGGAGUAUUUUUACUGUAGCGAUGAAAAUUCCAGAAAAGUUCGUUUUUUUUUUUUUUUUUUUUUUUUUUUUUAAGAGGACCUCCGCAUGUGCUGUUUCCAGUUUCACGAAAAAAUACCCCAGACAAAACAUAUCCCAAUAAAAAUAUUCCGUGAGAAAAUAUCCGCGUAAAUAUUAAUUUAAUUCAAUAAACAAUUUUCACUUUUGUAAUUAAUGCAACGUCAAAUAGUUAUUAUUCUCUUUUUACUCUUUCGGUGUGUACCGAAUGAAUAGUCUUCAAAUAUUAGUAAUGCAUUGCCGUUUUGGCUUUGUGUGUAUUCUAACAUUUUAUUAAUUAAAAUUUUAAAAAGUGUUAGUUAAAUAACUCAAUUUAAGACUGUUAGCUCACGACGCGUGUUGUAUGUGUUAAUGAAAACGGCACACUAUACUAUUAUCAAACUAACGAAUUGCACACAAUCACUUUAGAUAAAAUGCGAUUGCUGUUAUGCUAUUAUUACUCCUAAUCGCAUAACAUAUCUAAUCGCGACUUUUAGAAUACAUUUUAAUAUUAAAAUUUUGAAUUGAUAAUUACGCGGACAAUUUUUUCACGGGACAUUUUUGCGGGGAUUAUUUUUGUUUUGGGAUAUUUUGUCAGGGAUAUUUUGACGUGUCACCGCUGUUUUCACAUGGCGAACCUGAUGCAUUAUAAGUUUUAGAUAACAACAUUUUGGAGACAAUUUUUAUCCACGGAUUGCAAAUAUUAAUAAUUGUAAAAAAAAAAAAAAAACAUUGUUUAUAUCUCGAUAAUGAGUUGAAUAAUUCCGGAGGAUCAUCAAACGCCAACGAGACUGUUUCCGAAAUGUUGUAAUCUAUAAUAAACUGUGUACUAUAAUAUUGUAAUAUGUUUUAUCGCUAAAACCGAUUUUAUACGUUUCUUUUCGUUUUUCUGGAAUUUAUUAUUUUUUAAUUCUUUGGGUUUAUUGGUAUUAUUUUUUUUUUCGAGAAUUUUCCGCUUAGUUUUUACUAUACACACGGUGUCCAAUGAAGGUAUACGAUCAUUAUGAUAUCUUGUAAAAUAUCAACUUUUUUCGGCAUUUUUUCCAUAAAAAGUAGCCGUUAAAUGUUAUAUAUUUUUUAGUCUUUAAUUUUGGGUUGAACCGACUACCUUUUGAUUUUCAAAUGGCAUCGUAUUUCCAUAAAUAGACGGAGAGUUAUUAGUCCAAAUACAUUUCGGGGUUACGUUAUUGAUUUCUAUAGACGAAAUAAUCAAAUUUUGAGUUUUGAUAGGGGGAGAGCAGCGGAGCAUCCUAUGGCGGCAUAGCGUGCGACAUUCGAGCUACCCGUUUUUGAAUUGUCAAAAAUGAAAAAAUACCGAAAAAAUUUAAUAUUUUCCAAGGUAUCGCGACGGUCGCAUUUUCGCGGUAUAACCAGCUAACUCUCCCGACUUCGCGUUCGACUAUAAUAUCACAGCGGUGUGGUGUCCGCGGUUUUAUGCUCAAGACGUAUGUCGAAGUAGUUAUAGGAUGAAAUCAUGUAAUAGUAGUUACUCUCUAUAAACGAAAACCGUAUUAUAAUAUCGAAUUGUCAACGCGGAAAAAGCUCAAAUUGUUCAUCGGUCGGUCGUCUUUGUCAGUUCUUGUCAUAAAAAAAGUCGACGAAUCAAAUACAACGGGAUUGUGCAAAGCGCACGUUUGUUUGAGCCGACACGUCAUUUACGCGUUUCCAACGAUUCGCUUUGAUAAGUACCCGUUUUGAUACAAUCGAUCAAUCCUAUACAGGUGUAAUACGAUUUGAUACCCAAUCCGUCUUUUUUUUUUUUAUUAUUACUAUGAUCGUUCAAAACGUUCACAUUUUGAUUCAGAUAAAAACAAAAAACGCUUUUUUUACUCGUUAAUAUUCAAUAACAUAAUCAAACACGAAAUAUUAUUUUCUUUACUUAUAUAUAUUAUUUACAAUACAGUUUUCGAUUUUUGUUUGUUCUUUUUCUAAAACCGCAAUACGUAUACGAGAUAGCAAAUACUUGUACAUGUGCUCGCGUCCGCUAUUUAUUUUCGAUUCAAAUGUAGAUAAAUAGUUAAUUGUUUUUACUAAAUACAUGAGCCGUAUUAUAAUUCGCUUAACUCCCCGUCGCCCUACGAAAAAAAAGAAAAAAGAAACAGAACCCGCCGGAUCCGUUAAAUUCGAUUUUCUAACAUUCCGCACACACUUGCCGUUUAGUCCAUCGUCUACCGGCAGAAAAAAUGACACUGAAGACGACCACACUAUUUCGAAGUAUUUCGUUUCACUUCGUCCUUGUCCCCGCGAACUGCGAAGCCACGUGAUCGGCCAUAUGUUCCGCGCGUAUUCCUAGAGAUUUCCACGAUCAUUUCUUCAGCAGUCUAACGUUCCGCCUGCCUCUCUAAUAAAAAUAAUAAUUAAAAAAAAAAAAAAAAAAAAAACAACCAUGCUACGCAAUAAUUCGAUAUUAUAACGUUCUGAAAAAUAUAAUAGGAAAAUCAUAAUACGCGCGACGAGUGAAGAUAAUAUGCGCGUUUUACCGUUGUUGCGUAUAGAAAUGGCGACAUGGAGCGUAUGGUUCGAAUGGCCGGCCCGUACGUGGAAUGGGACGCGCGGAUUCUGUUUUCCCAGAUCGUCUCGGCCGUCGAGUACCUGCACGGCAUGGACGUGGCGCACAGGGACCUGAAACCAGAGAACGUGUUGCUCGACCACCACAACCGAGUGAAAAUCGCCGACUUUGGGUUCGCGAAAUUUUGCCGGGACCCGUGCACCAAAAACCGAAAACUGUCGUACAGAAUUUGCGGUACGCCGACGUACAUGCCGCCGGAAGCGCUGUCGUCGAAAGACGGAUACAACGCCAUGCUUUUCGAUAUUUGGUCAAUGGGUGAGACGCGACAUUUUUACUCCACGACCAUAAUAUUAUACACAAUACAUUACCAUCGUCGUCCAACUUUAUACCGGUUAUUUUUUUUCAUUUUUGGUUUCCCCGCGUUACGAGGUAUAAUUGCAAAAAAAAAAAAUAAAAUAAUGCGCCCGCCACCAGAUCGUUCCGCUAGUCGGAGCAAGUCUUCUGGUCGACAUCGAGUUCGCGAACAAAACUACGACAAUUAACUGUUUUCUUUUGGCGUUUUUCUCGAGCGCGCGUGACAAACCUGUUACCCUUACUAACUAUUACUGCUCGUGGGGCCAUCAGCGGGGUAGUUCUGGAAAAGUAACGUGGUUUCACAAGUUCCGUCUGAAUCAUUCAAUUCGCGGUGAUUUUAAACGAAAAUCACAUCGGUUUCAUAAAUCUCGUAGUUCCCAUACAAUCUAUUCAUGAAGUUUAUACCACCUCAAAAAUGGAAUAAUAAUUUUGGAGUUCAAUUAAAAGUGUCCAUUUGUCGAUGAUAAACAAUAAUUUUAGUACAAAUCUCGUAGAUUCCAUUCUUUCACUUGAUCUCAUUCAUUCCAUUCGUCCACAUGUUUCCACACUUUUCCAGAACACCCAGAUUUCUCAUCGAAUUAAUCUCAGUUUUCUCUCACACAAUUCACUUAUCAAAAUCAUUAAACAAAAAAAAAAAAAAAAAAACAACGUUUAUUUCAUCAAAUCUUCAUUCAGUUUCACCGUUAUCACUUUUCCAGAACAACCCCCCAGAAGACUAGAGACUACGACGAGACGCACUGCUACGUUACAGGAGGCAUUCUGCACUACAUGCUGACGGGUCAGGUGCCGUUCGACGGCGGAAACCCCAAGCGAAUCCUCAAACAACAAAUGAUCGGCGAUAUCUGUGUCUUCCGAUCGGUGUACUGGCGAAUGGCGUCGGAUCCGGCAAAACUGCUUGUACGAUGGAUGCUCGAACCGGACGUACUCAAACGGGCUCGCUUGUGCGUCAUUAAACAAUCCAAGUGGAUGGUUGGUUGGCAAUCGCAAUGA